UUCAAUCUAGCUGGCUGGACUGCCGAAUGAGUUCGGCAAACAUCCUAUUUAGAGCGGCAACGCCCCCCCAUGAGAACGCUGCUUGCACUGCAACCCACUUGCCUCCACCUGUGUGAGACUCAGGUCGGCAACGAGGAGGAUGUUGGCUCAGUUCUCCAUCCCAGGUUAUGAGUCAAAUGGGGCAGCCUCAUCGGUACCGUUCCAGAGCAAGAAACGCGCGUGCCUAGUGUGUUUUCGAUGCCACGAGAAAAAGAUCAAGUGUGACUUGGCGAAGAAACCUCGAGACGACCAGCGGGCGUCGCGAUGUUCGAACUGCGCUGACGCUGACUGUCCCUGCCUGCUGCGGCCCUCUAAAAGAGGCAAGCGUGGGGCCACUUCCGGCCGGAAUGACCCCCGACGGGACAUAACCGUCUCCUGGAGUGCCGAUGCGCCCUUUGGCUUGCCCUUCGCACCACCCCCUGCCGACGGCUCCCCGGCUCCGGGUUCGUCCCUCGACGGAGGAGGUGACCUAGAGCCCAUGGACACGGCCAUCAGUGGAAAUCAUGGCCAGGUUCUCACCGGGGCUACGCCGCCGCCGGCCGAUCAUGCUAACCUUGAGGGACAGCUUGUGUCCCAUGACGUUGUCCCGCCGCCGAAUGCCGACUCACGGCGGCGAUAUUCCAGCUAUCUGGGGGACAGCGGCUACAUGCAAAUUUUCAGCAGCGAAAGCGGAGAUCUGACGAUGCAGCAGCAGGUUCCACGGUCUCUGGAAGUGGAUUAUAUACCCGUCGGCCUACAAGAAGCCCACCUCGAUGUGUUCUUCGAGUACGCCUUCACAUGGUGUCCCAUUUUUGAUCGCGACACCUUGGACGCCGAUCCCAGUCUCCGCCAGUCGCUACUAUUGAGGCACGCUCUGGCCCUAUGCGCGAACCAGAUCAGGCCCUCUUUGUUGCACCAGUCCUCCUCGACGGAGCAUUACAACCGCGCCAAGGAGCUUUUCUACGGCAACCACGAACCCAACCCGCUGAUUCGUAUAAUGGCCCUGAUGCUCUUCUACUGGUGGAGCUCCGAGGCUCCAAAUGUCGUGAGCCUUGACAACACGUCGUGGUGGACUGGGACGGCCAUACGCGUUGCCCAGCAGAUUGGCCUGCAUUGCGAACCGCGAUCUAGUGGCCCCAUGGUGGCCGGCGAGUCACCGGGCUUAAGGCGGCGGAUCUGGUGGACCUUGGUGGCUCGCGAACGCAUCACCGCCAUCUCUCAAGGUCGACCAUGUCUGAUCGAUCUAGACGACUGCGACGUGCCCAUGCCGUCGCCAAGCGACUUCUCCCAGCCACACUACAUCCAAGUUUCCCUCUUCGUCAAAUGGGUGCCGCUCUGCAAGCUCAUCGGCCGCAUCAGCAAGAUGCUGCGGCGGCGGCCGGGCAACCCGGGCCCGACGGCGAUCCAGCUGGGGCGCGAACUCAUCGCCUGGGUUCAGGCGCUGCCGCGGCCGCUACAGCCGGCCUUCGAGGGCAGCCGCACGCGCGGGUUCCACCGCGACGUGCACGGCAUGCACCUGACGUACCUGUCGACCAUCACGCUGCUGCACCUCAGCAACGACGCCCAGCCGCUGCCUCAGGCCUCGGUCGCCGCCGUCGUGGCCGCGUCGUGCACCGCCCGCAUCUUCCACGACUACCUGGUCCGCGGGUCAAUCUGCUUCCUCGCCGGCCAGGCUGGGUGGUACGCCACCAUUGCCAUCUUGGCGCUGCUGCACGCGCGCAGGCUCGAGGGGCUUGCUGUCGAUGCAAAAGCCGAUAUACAGACCCUGCGCGCGGCUCUCAGUGCCAUGGCUAAGACGUGGCGGUCGGCACAGAUGUUUGAAAGGGGCAUUGAGAAGCUGAUGCUGAACGCAGGGCCGCAGAAUGGAGGCGGGGCUGACGGAAUGCCGGCACGGACAUCGGUGGCCGGGCCAGGACUGUCUCCAUCGAUGGACGAGCUGUCGGCCAUCGCUGGCAUCAACUGGCGGGAUUACUUUCCUUACGUUACUGGGGAGACGAGUCCUCUCAUUGGUACUCUGUUUGCUCAAGAUGAUCAGGCAAUGCCAUUCACAGAACUAGGCUGGACUUUUGAUUUCCCUACUCAUCUCAACCAGUUCCUCACUGGGUUGGAGAACAUAAAUCUGGACUUUUUGAGCCUCUAAGUAGAUGUUACUUGCAGAAGGUACGGAAGGAUGUGACGAUUAGCAGUAUGUCUACCUUGCGUAGUAGUCUUCCGGCAACUCAGGUUAGCCGUCACCGGUUGGCGUUCUCUUCCCCGCCUAAUAGCGCAAAAAAGGGGGGGGCUUCCAAAAACAGAC